AAUUCGUGAUAUAUUAUUCACAAAUCCCAAAAAUCUCGUAUAACAAAAUUUUUCAUAUAAAAGACAGACGAAUCGGUUCCAUCAACAUUGUCAAACGACAAACAGUCACAGAAACAGAACAAUCAUGAAGACAUUUAUCGCAGCUGUUUUGUUAACUAGUGCCCUGGUAUCAGGCCUGGAGUUAAAAAAACUGGACAAACGUGGUCUUUUGGGCUCAUCCUCCAGCUCCGGAUCCGAAGGCUACAACUACGAACCUCCAGCAUUCAGCCCUAAAUUCCAGGAAGGUCCUCCAGCCCACAUCGAAGGACCACCAGCACCCUCCCACAUCGAAGAACCAUCCCACAUCGAAGGACCAUCAUCCUUCGAAGGACCAUCUCACAUCGAAGGACCAUCAUCUCUCGAAGGACCUCCAGCACCUGUCGAAGAACACCACAACCACCAUGAAGAAGAGCACCAUCACAACCACCAAGUGGAACAUUCGGUAUCCUACAACCGUGUAACAAUCCCCGUACCAGUCAAAGUCCCUGUGAAAGUGGAAAAAAUCAUCACUGUCCCUUACAAAGUAGAUGUCCCUUACCAGGUCGACAGGCCCUACGAAGUCCACGUACCACAACCCUACCACGUACCGGUUGUAAAACACAUACCGGUUCCGGUUGACCAGCCUCAUCCGGUUGAGGUACCGGUUCCGGUAGAGGUUCCGGUGGUACAUAAGGUUUUUGAACCGGUUCCACAUCCGGUAGCAGUUCCGGUGCAUAAGCAUUAUCCGGUAUACAUUUACCACAAGGCACAUCCUUUCCAUUUUAGGGUUCAUGUUGUGGAGAGGAAAGGGCACGGUUGGUGGUAA